UUUGGCUUAAACCGCGCUCGAGUGCGGUUCAGAUCGGUUUCCGACUCGGAUUCGGUUUCGAUUUCGUUAUCGCGCUACGUCCAGCUCCAUUCUUGGUCUACGUCUACGGAUAACAUAAAAAGCCCAGCAGAGAAAAACAGAAAAGCCCACGAACGCCCGCCCACGUCUGCGCGAGGUGGUGAGAAAAUAAAAAGAAAUCAACCAAAACAACAAAAGUGAAAAACAAUAAAGGCCGAGGAAAAUCGCGGUGCAAUAAAACAAAAAAGCCCAACUAAAUCACAGGCGAAAUAAAUAUUUUUCAGUUCGAGCCGCAGCAAUAAACAGAAAACAAAUAAAGCCACAGCCUGAGACGGAGCUGAGAAGAAAGGGUCCCAUCCUCAAUUAAUUAAGAGUGCUGCUUUCGUUGCAUUUAUUGCCUCGCAUCGACCACAAAAACUGGCUCACACAAAUACUCACACAGGUUUUUACGGCAUCGCAGUGAAAUGCAAAUCAAUUGAACGCAAUAUUAAUAUUAUAAAAAAAAGAAAAGAAAUCGAAAUAACAGAAAUACCAAAAACCCGAAAACGCUACAAUUUGAUUUGCCAUUAGCCGAGGAUUUAAUGUGUUUUACUGGCCAUGAAAACUAUGGAAAGUCCACAGCAAAAUAAUUAACGAAAAUUCCAUCGAGGUGUGCGUGCAAAUAAUACAGAAAAAGAAAUAUUAGUUUAUAAUUGGAAAAUCGUAAAUCGAAAAACCGCCAAGUGACCAAAAUGGCAAUGAGUGAAAUUCAAAGUUAAUAACCCGUCCGAAGUGCGCCGUUCUAAAUAUUUUAUUAAACAUUAAACAGACUCUAGAUAAACCAGCCAGAAGUUUAACGAUUUACGCCAGAUAGCACAACAGACACAGAACCGAACGUCCAGAACAUGCGCCCGGCACGUUACCGAUGAAGCAAGCCACUUUAAUCAGACCCAGACACAGACCCAGAAGAAGCACAGCAGCAGAAGCAGUGGCAGCGGCAGCCUCCAACAUGUGUCCCAAACGGCAUUGGCUAGUCAGUAAAGCAACGGGAGCGGGAUCAGGAGGCUCCAGAGGAUCGGCAGCUAGGAGCCGGCGCAGUCUAGACCAAAUAGUAGAAGUAUUAGUAGCCUUAAUCUUAGUCAAUUGCCUGGUCACGGCGGCAGCGGCGCUGAUCACACCGCCCGACAGUCUCGAGUCGCUGUCCCUCGGCUCCUACACCUCUGGCGACUCCGCGGAUUCCUCCGAGGAUGACGUGACCGGCUUCUACCGCAGCCCCCACCGUCUGGAGGGCUAUCCCCAGAUGCAGCAGCUCCAGCAGCAGCAGCAGCGGGGACAAAACUUUAAGAUCAGCCCCAAGCCGUGCUCCUUUGGUCGCGUGGAGGGCACCUGCAUGUUCGUGUGGGAGUGCAUCAAGUCCGAGGGCCGGCACGUGGGCAUGUGCGUGGACUCGUUCAUGUUUGGCUCCUGCUGCACGCACAACUACACCGACAACAUCGUCCUGCCGCAGACGGCCUUCUCCUACACGAGGCCCACCAAGCCGCUCACGCUGCGCCCGCGCCCACCGGCGCCCUACAAGCCCAUGAUCAGCGGCAUGACCACCAUUGAGCGUCCCCAUGGCGCUGGCACCAUCGUGAUUCGUCCUUCGGGGCCGCACCACCAGGGCACUCUGGCCCGGCCGCAUCCGCAACCCUACCAGAGCAAGCCCACCACUGCCUCCGACCUGCAGAGCUCCGCCUCGCACCCCAGCUCUAGCUCUAGCUCCAGUUCCGGCUCUAGUUCGAGUCCCAAUAGCAUUUGGCAUACAUCGACCCAGCAGCAGCAGCAGCAUCAGCAGAAUCAACAGAACCACUGGCAGAUGACCACCGAGCCGAGCUUUAUUACCAAGCCGCGGCCCACCGGCUGGACCAAGCCUGGCAUCGUCAAUUUGCCAAUGCCCGCGCGACCCUCGAAACCGUCGAAGCCCACAAAGAAACCGAUUGUCUACGAACGGCCACCGCCUCCGCCGCCACCCUCUCCGUCGACGACAUCGACGACGUCCCUGAUUUGGCCGGGCCAGACGCAGCCGCAUCGCCCCACCAGGCCGCAGCUGUCGCCGGGCACAUCAUUAGCCGCAUCCUCGUCCGCAGUGUGGCCAUCAACAUCGACUUCCACUUCGACGACAACGACUACUCGACGGACAACCACACCGCCAGCAACCACGACAACAAGGAGAACACCGGCCAGUAAGCCCACAAAGCCCUACCAGCGGCCCACCACGGCGAUAUCGAGUUCCUCCAGCUACAGUUCCAGCUCCACAACAACAACAACAACAACAACAACAACAACAGCCCAUCCGAGCAAGACACCCACCACGAUCGGAAGCACCAGCAGCAGUAGUGGUAUCGUCACCAGCAGCAGCCAACGGCCCACGCACCGUCCGCCAGGCCUGGCCACCUCCGGCAUCGAGACCAACGAGAUAACGGACUCCUCCAGCCUGGACUCCGGGGCGCUUGGCCAUGUCAAGACCAUUUCGGCGGCGCGGAGCGAGUGCGGAGUGCCGACGCUGGCGCGGCCAGAGACACGAAUCGUGGGCGGCAAGAGCGCGGCCUUCGGUCGUUGGCCCUGGCAGGUGUCGGUGCGGCGCACCUCCUUCUUCGGCUUCUCCAGCACCCACCGCUGCGGUGGCGCUUUGAUCAACGAGAACUGGAUAGCCACCGCCGGACACUGCGUGGACGACCUGCUCAUCUCGCAGAUACGCAUCCGCGUGGGCGAGUAUGAUUUCUCGCAUGUGCAGGAGCAGCUGCCCUACAUCGAGCGCGGCGUGGCCAAGAAGGUGGUGCACCCCAAGUACAGCUUCCUCACGUACGAGUACGACCUGGCGCUGGUCAAGCUUGAGCAGCCGCUCGAAUUUGCGCCGCAUGUCAGUCCCAUUUGCCUGCCCGAGACGGAGAGCCUUCUAAUUGGCAUGAACGCCACGGUCACAGGCUGGGGUCGUCUCAGCGAGGGCGGCACCCUGCCCUCGGUCCUCCAAGAGGUCUCCGUGCCCAUUGUGAGUAACGACAAUUGCAAAUCGAUGUUCAUGCGCGCAGGUCGCCAGGAAUUCAUCCCGGACAUAUUCCUUUGUGCGGGCUACGAGACAGGAGGACAGGACUCCUGUCAAGGCGAUUCGGGAGGACCUCUACAGGUAAGACCCAUGUCAGAUACCACAAGGAGAAAACUAAUCCACUAUCUCUCAUUUGUCAGGCCAAAUCCCAGGACGGUCGCUUCUUCCUGGCCGGGAUCAUCUCCUGGGGCAUUGGCUGUGCCGAAGCCAAUCUGCCUGGGGUCUGCACGCGCAUCUCCAAGUUCACGCCCUGGAUACUCGAGCAUGUCAGAUGAUGACAUAAUGAAGAUCUGGACGAUGAUGAUGAUGGCAGCCCGACAUUUGUUAUUGUUUUAAUUUAUCAGUUGUAUCUUUAAGUCUUGUGUGAUUUAUCUUAAAGGAAUGUUAAGCGUAGUUAGCUUCAAUUUAACAAUUUUAAUAGCAUUGACCUUGACUUGGCCUCGUGGGCCACUGCCACGCCCCUGUCCGAACACACACAGUCAACGCCCACUAAGUUAGUGUAGCGAAAAUGUUAGCGCUGUAAGUCUAACACAUAUGGGAAUCGCUCGGUCAGAUAUCGAUCGGGUCCCCGAAGAGGGUUUAUCUAUUUGUACAUAGCCGAAGGGAUUAUCGGGGAUAACGGGGGGGGAAAUGGAGAGUCAUUUGCAUGUCCACAAGUUGUUGGUAUUUUAGAAGUAGUAGUAAUAUUUAACAAUUAACUAAAUCUAUAUUUAUUGUAAACAAUUGCGUGCAGACACCUCAACGUUGUCUGUAUCUUGCCCAAAGAACAUGUCUAUCUAUAGCGAUGCGAAAGCUCGAGAGCAAUAAAAGAUAACUGAAAAACAUUGUCCAGCAUAAUGGGAGGCCGUCGAGAGAGAUGCCCAUCGCCAUAAGAGCCGGCUUCCUCUCCAGUCGGCAAUCUCCGGCAAUUGGGGGCCCCCGAGGGCAGGCGAACCUGAACCAUUCACACAAUUUGCAGUCAUCGCCAUGUUCGGCUGCGGGCCAUCGAAGAUGAUUGGCACAAUCGAUUUGUACGCGGGAAGGCAGUCGGCAUCCGCAGUCGCCACUUUCCUACGGAUUUCACUUUUCAACAGCCUCAGCUCUCAUCUCCCAGCUCCGCCAGUGACAUUUGACUUGACACCAACACCUCGCGAGCGGCUGAACAAUUAAUCACUUGAC